CCACCUGAUAUUGUGUCCGGGUUCAUCUGAGCUAGUUGGUUCCUGGAGCCGGGGAGCAGUUAGCUGCCUGUACGAACUUAAUUCAUCUGUUUCAUCAGCAGGACUCUAAUUUCACAUCUAAUCAUGGCAGUGAAUACAGGCACAUCUCUGGUCCUGUCCAGUCUGCUGUCAGUGCUGGUGUUUGCUGGGAUGCAGAUGUUCAGCAAACAGCUGGGCUCCACAGAGUGGCUCACCAUCCUGGGAGGUUUCCUGGGCUCAGUGCUCUUCAUCUGCUCCCUCACCGCAUUUAAUAAUCUGGAAAACCUGGUUUUUGGGAAGGGGUUCCAAGCCAAGAUCUUCCCAGAGAUUCUGCUGUGUCUGUGCCUGUCGCUGUUCGCCUCCGGUCUUGUGCAUCGCGUCUGCGUCACCACGUGCCUGAUCUUCUCCCUCUUCGCUCUGUACUACAUCAACAAAGUCUCAGCCGCCCUCUACCAGGCAGCCGUUCCUGCGGUCACGCCGGCUAAAGCUGCCAGCAAAGGCAAGCGGAAGAACUGAUGGAUGAGCUGCAUCAGUCAGAUCAUCGCUGAAGGUCCUCGCAAUACAGCUGUGACACGUUUUUUUUUUUUUUUUUACAAUAGCUUCUUAAAUCAUCACGUUAGGUUGUUCCCUCAGGCUCCUUUUUUUAAACUUUGGUUUGGGUAUUUUAUUUAAAACGUUAAAGUGGCAGAGUUUUGUUUUUACUUUUUACAGUGAAUUCACAUUAUGAGGAAGCAUCCCUGGUGAGCCUUAUAACAAACAUCUCGACAUUCCCUUCACAUCUGUAUUUUUCCCCCUUUUUUAAAAGACAAACUGGUUGCGAAGAGAUUCAUACGUCAUGUCAUCUGAAUAUUCAUCAGCACUUGUACUUGCUGGUGUUUUUUUUGUUUAAUUCAUUUUGUAAUUAAACUUUUUUGAAAGACUUUAAA